AUGGAGUCAGGAAAGAAGAAUUUGGAGAAGGGCCAGAACCAGGAACCUGCACCUGCACCUGCACCUGUACCUAAACCUUCGACAUCGAAAGGUUCAAGUACAGGUUCCAAAGCGCCCAGGCCGAGGCGCGGCAGACCAACCGGUGCAAACCGGACCCCUCUCUCCCUGGAAGAACGGCGCGCAAGAAAUGCGCAGUACGAAAGGGAGAGGAGGGAGGAUUUAGCCCAGGCCCAGGCUGAGCUAGCUGAGGCCGCUGGGUGCGACCCAAAUGUAUCGGAGGCCGACUUGUUGGCAUUUGUAGUGAAUAAGUUGAGUGCAGACAAAUUAGAAGUAAAGCAGAGCAUUGAAGAAUACAGGCGGUUAAACGCCAAGUUGGAGGCACAGAUUGCCAGUUGUCUCCAGCGGUUGGGCCCGGACUAUGUUGAUAGUGAUGAUGAGGAGGAGGUGCAGCUAGAAGAGCCCAAUGGUCGCAAACGUAAAUCAUCAGAUGAGACGGUUGGUGAUGAAAAACGUUUGCGGCGCAGUGGGAAGCAAAUCCCAGCCAGUUGGAUCUCACCCACUGACCUGGCUGAAGCUGGGCCUUCUUCCUACACCCACACUGCAGCUCAUCCACAGCAGUCACAACCAACAUCACUAUCACCGGUGGUGAGCGUACAGCAAGAUACGAUAGAGCAAGUCUUAGCUGACUUGAGUGAUUUCUCACAACUGGAGACGUCAGAUAACGAUCAACUGGCACCGCCAGUAACAGAGUGCCAGUCGCCGGCCCAGUAUCCAUCGUCACUACCUGGUGGUAGUGAGCAGCAGCAGCCAGAACAGCAACGACCUACCUCGCCAAGAGUACAUCCAUAUUUGCUUAGAGGUAUCUUAGCUAAGUUAGGUUAUUACUCACAACUGGAGACGUCAGAUAACGAUCAACUAGUACCGCCAGUAACAGAGUACCAGUCACAGGACCAGUACUUCGCUCCUCAACGCUAUAGUGAUUGUGACCUGCAGCCGACAGAACAGCUUCAGCAACAACCGACUUCACCACCGGUACAGCCAGAUUUACUUGAAGUCGAAGCUGACUUAGGUCUUUCCUCACAACUGGAGACGUCAGAUAACGAUCAACUGGCAGCGCCUGUAACAGAGUCCCCGUCACAGGACCAGUACUUCGCUCCUCAACAAUACUUGCUUCCAUCGUCACUACCUGGUGGUAGUGAGCAGCAGCAGCCAGAACAGCAACAACUUAGAGGUAUCUUAGCAUACUUAGGUUAUUACUCAUCAGAGCCGGAGCCGUCACUGGCCAAUCAACUCGCACAGCCAGUAACAGAGUACCAGUCGCCGGCCCAGUACUUUGCUCCUCAACAAUGCUUGCUUCCAUCUUCACUACCUGGUGGUAGUGAGCAGCAGCAGACAGAACAGCUUCAGCAACAACAGCAGCAGCAGCCAGAUUUACUUGAAGUCUCAGCUGACUUAGGUUAUUACUCAUCAGAGCUGGAGCCGUCACCAUUGUACCACCAGAGUCAGUCGUACUUCUACCACCAUCAGAAUCGCUACAGCUAGAGUUCGAGCAAGACUAUCAAGAUAUUUUUUU